AUGGAAAAGCCCGCCGAAACCGGCGAUUCAUCAGAACAGCAGCUCGACAGCAGCAACGCCUCCAACGACGACGAGCAGAAACACACUACACCAUCAACAUGGCAUCGCAUAUCCGCCAAAAUCUUCUGGGUCCCCCCCAACUGCCGCUGGGACCCCGAAGAACCGCCCAAAUUCUCCAUGGCCCUGAACAUCCUCUUCGCCUUCGCGGGAGCCUUCACAGUGGCGAACCUCUACUACAACCACCCCAUCCUCAACAUCCUCGCCCGGGACUUUGGCGUCUCCUACGACAAAGUCGCGCAGAUCCCCACGGUAGCGCAAGCGGGUUACGCGGUGGGCUUGUUCUUCCUGUGUCCGCUGGGGGAUUUGCUGAAGAGGAGGCCUUUUGUGCUGAGUUUGGUGCUGUUUACUGCGACGAUGAGUAUUGGUUUGUGCGUGACGGAUUCGUUGGAGGUGUUUUCAGCGAUUCAGUUCAUUACUGGUGUUACGACGGUGACGCCGCAGCUUAUGCUGCCGUUGGUCGGGGAUCUGGCGCCGCCGAAUAAGAGGGCCGCGGCGUUGAGUAUUGUGGUCAGUGGGUUUGUCCUGGGGAUUCUCGUCGCGAGGCUGCUGUCCGGGAUCAUGACGAACUAUACCAGCUGGCGGAACGUUUACUGGAUGUCUGUGGGAUUGCAAUACGCCAUCUUCGGCAGCUUGUGGGCGUUUAUGCCCGAUUACCCGGCUACGAAUAAGCGGCUCAACUACUUCAAGAUGCUCUGGUCCAUGCCGGUUAUGCUGACCAAACACCCGAUUUUGGUGCAGGCGUGUCUGAUCUCCUACUUCACCUCUGCGACUUUUACGAGCUUUUGGACUGUUUUGACGUUCCUCCUCGCUGGGCCGCCGUAUCGCUACGAUUCGGUCACAAUCGGUUUGUUCGCUCUGAUAGGAAUCGGAACAAUGUUCAGCACACCCCUCUACGCCCGCCUGAUCAUCGACCGCUUCGUGCCCUGGUUCUCCGUCAUCCUGGGCAUGACAUGGUCUAUGAUCGGCAUCUGCGUCGGCGCCUACACAGGAAAAAUCACAGUCGCUGGUCCAAUCAUCCAAGCCUUCUUCCUGGACCUGGGAAUGCAGACCGCCCAAAUAGCGAACCGCAGCUCCAUCUACGCCAUCGAGCCGCAAGGUCGCAACCGAGUGAAUACCUGCUUCAUGGUCUUCACGUUCUUCGGCCAGCUGACGGGGACCUCCGUUGGAGCGCAGCUGUAUUCCCGAGGCGGCUGGGUCGGGAGUCAGAGUUUCAGCGUCGGGUGCAUUGGGAUGGCGUACUUGCUCACGUUCGCACGCGGACCGUUUGAGAAAGGAUGGAUUGGGUGGCAUGGAGGGCUGAGUAUUCGGAAGAAGCAUCUUGAGAGUGCGGAUGGGCAUACGGCGGAGGCGAGGAAUCCUUUGAGGAGGAUGACGACGAAGGAGAAGGAUGCGCAGGCUGCAAAGGCGGCGGAGGAUGGGGAUCUGGAGAAGCAGGUGAGGGAGGAGGAUCAGAGGCCUGCGGAGAGGGCUAUGGAGGAUCUUGGAGGGAGUGGGAAUGAUGAUGGGAUGGAGAUUAGGGAUGAUGUUGAGAAAGGGUCGUCGAGAGAAGGGGUGGAUGGGGUUGCGAGGUCUGAUAAGCAGCCGGGCUGA